AUGAAUAAGAUCUUCUUUUGGAGCAUCCUCUUGGCUUUUUCUGGAAGUAAAGCCUUAAGAUCCUUGGAUAAGAUAAAUGCUGACUUUGCAGUGGAUCUUUAUCAAGCUAUCAGUCUAUCUCAUAAAGACAACAUUAUAUUUUCCCCUCUUGGAACAAUAUUGGCUCUUGGAAUGAUCCAAGUGGGAGCUAAAGGAAAAGCACAACAACAGAUAAGACAAGCUUUAAAAUUUCAGGAAAACUCAAAAGGAGAAGAAUUUUCUGUGCUGAAGUCAUUUUUCUCUGCCAUCUCAGAGAAAAAGCAAGAAUUUGUAUUUAAUCUUGCCAAUGCCCUCUACAUUCAAGAAGGAUUCACCGUGAAAGAACAGUAUCUCCAUGGCAACAAAGAAUUUUUCCACAGUGCCAUAAAGCUGGUGGAUUUCCAAAAUGCAAAGGCCUGUGCAGAGAAAAUAAGCACCUGGGUAGAAAGCAAAACAGAUGGAAAAAUUAAAGGCAUGUUUACAGGGGAGGAAUUUGGUCCUCUUACUCGGCUCAUCAUGGUGAACGCUAUUUACUUCAAGGGGAAUUGGGAGCAGAAAUUCCGAAAAGAGAACACACAGUUAAUGAAUUUUACUAUGAAAGAUGGUGCAACAGUAAAUAUUGCAAUGAUGAAGACUCUUCUGAAAACAAAAUAUGGUUAUUUUUCUGAAUCAUCCAUGAAUUUCCAGGUACUGGAAUUACCAUACAAAGGCAGUGAGUUUAGUUUAAUCAUAAUACUUCCUGCAGAAGAUAUGGCCAUAGAAGAAAUGGAAAAGUUAAUUACUGCUCAUCGAAUUCAGAAAUGGUUCUCUGAGAUGGAAGAAGAAGAAGUAGAAAUAAGUCUCCCUAGAUUUAAAGUAGAACAAAAACUAGACUUCAAAGAAACCUUGCAAUCUUUGAACGUUACUGAGAUAUUUUGUGGUGGCUGUGACCUUUCCGGAAUAACAGAUUCAUCUGAGGUAUAUGUUUCCCAGGUCAUGCAACAAAUUUUCUUUGAGAUAAAUGAAGAAGGCAGUGAGGCUGCAACAUCAACUGGUAUCAACGUCCCUGCGAUAAUGAGUUUGCCUCGAAACCAAUUUAUAGCAAAUCAUCCGUUUUUGUUCAUUGUGAAGAAUAACCCAACAGAAUCGAUUUUGUUUAUGGGAAGGGUGACAAAUCCUGACACCCAAAAAGUGAAGGGAAGAGAUUUAGAUUCUCUGUGAAUGAAAAGCAGUUUCAAAA